UGUUUUCUCAAACUGGGAUUGUGAAAGUUGGUAGAAACUUCUAAAGCUUAGCAUUUCCGAUCAGCUGCUACCAAAUUGCCAUAAUGGGUGCUGUCACAAAAAUUAUUUUAGCUAGUAUAUGUGUUGCUUUCCUGGCUGCCAAAUGGACUUCACCCAGAUUUGAUGCCGAUUCUCUCAAAGGGGCUAGGGUACUGGUGACUGGGGCCAGUACAGGUAUUGGUGAACAAAUGGCGUAUCAUUACGCCCGCUUUGGAGCCAAAAUUGUUAUCACAGCAAGGAGGGAGAAAGUCUUACAGCAGGUAGUAGAAAAAUGUCUGAGUUUAGGAGCCCAGAAAGCUUUUUAUAUAGCAGCAGACAUGGCGAAUGAGGCUGACCCUGACAAAGUGGUGGAUUAUGCUCUGGAGAAGCUGGGAGGUUUGGAUUACCUGGUCCUCAAUCACAUUGGGCCUAGCCCCUUCAGCAUGUGGAAGGGAGAUGUGGAUCACACCAAAUGGCUGAUGAAGGUCAAUUUCUUCAGCUAUAUUGAGAUGGCCUGGAAAGCUUUGCCCUCCCUUGAGCAAAAUAAAGGAUCACUGGUUGUUGUCUCAUCACUCUUAGGUAAAAUAACUUCUCCUUUCGUGGCGCCAUAUUCCUCAACCAAAUUUGCCUUGAAUGGGUUUUUUGGGUCUCUUCGUCAUGAGCUGGCUAUGAAGAAGAGCAACGUGUCCAUCUCUGUCUGCACACUCGGUCUCAUUGAUACCGACUCAGCUAUGGAGAAAGUCCGGGGUGUCACUGAUGUACCAGCCUACCCCGCCACAGAUGCUGCAUUGAACAUCAUCAUUACGGGAGCUACAAGGCAGCCAGAGCUUUUCUACCCUUGGUUCACAUACUUUAUAGCUAUCACCAAAGACUGGUUUCCUUCUGUCACAGAUUAUAUAAUCCAGAACUCCUACAACUACAUCCCAUGAAGAGCAUUUAUUCAGCACAACUGAAACACAAUUAUACAUGUUCCUAAUUAUAAAUAUCAACAUUUAAUUUGGAUUUUGGCCUAGCUCGUUGACAUUUUGAUGCACCCAGUUUUGUGGGAACAUUUCUGACAAUUCAGUUUCCACUUUUCUCAUCAUUUCUUUGAGAACAGUCCAGUAAUAAAAUGUAUACAGAUAGAAAAGCUCAGGACUUAGGAUUUUACUUUUUAGGCUACUAUUUUAACAUUUUAGACAUUAGUGUCUGUGUCAAUAGUACAGCCACUGCUGUCCAAACAUUAUUGCACUAGUACUUGAAAACUCAGAAGAAAAAAGUCUGAUUUACUACUGAUAAGACAACCUCACCCCUCCAUUCAGCCCUCCCGCACACAGACACAAUACUUCACAUGAGAUUUGGUUAUGAAAUAAAUGAAUAUGUUUCAUGUUGCUGCUGAUAAAGAACACAAAACAAUAAACCAGCUUCCUCCUGA